AUGGGAAGCUAUACAAAUAAUUAUGAUCAAGAUGUAGAAGACGUCACUCAACAAGAUUUGGUGGAUGAAGAAGUAUUCAAAAAGGCAUUCAUACCAAGAAAUUUAGAUGAAGUAAUAGAUUUUGAGCGGGAUGCUAUGAAAGCACAAGAUGGCACUUCAGAGGAUGUUUAUUACCCUAUGGUGACUGGAUUGAAACCAGAUCUAUCUGGAGCCAAAGAACAUCCCAGCAUACUUGACACAGAAAGGGGGGAUGAAAACAAAAUGGAAGAGAUAGAAGAUGAAAAUAUGUCUGAUGAAGCAUCAAGUGCAGAGUCAAAUAAUGAAGACACUGGCAGUGGUAACGAAAUAAAAACAGAGGAAGAAAUGUCAAGAAAAGAACACAAGAAGAUAGUGAAAGAACAAAACCGGGAAAGAAGAAAGAACAAAAUGCCUAAACAUGUGAAGAAAAGGAGGGAGAAAAUUGGAAAGACAAGAAAACCUAAGAAAUAA